UCUUAACCUAAGGGCGGGAGCGAUGGUCGCGCCGGCGGUGGAUUUGCUGCGGAAUCCACUGGGCGCCGUGCGAGGCCUCUUCUCCAUUGCAGCCAUGGCCGCUUCUCCUGCUCCAGCCGCAACUUUGGAGCUCUCGGGGGGCGACUGGGGCGUCAAGGGAGUCUUCGACAAGUUUUUGUACGAAGAAGGCGCCAUUGCUCAGGUUCCUCACAUUGGCGAUUUGGCGCGUGAUUCUAUUCCUUCUGGGUCGCUGGUUCGCUUCCGGGGAAUGAUCCAAGAUAUGUUCGAUGUGGAAUACUAUGUUGGCGCUUACAAGGAUUGCAAUACUUGGCAAACAAACAAGUACACCGACAGCCCAGUUCCGCAAGAUACCGAGCAGCAAAUCUGGGAUCGACGGCUGCUUUAUUGCGUUCCAAUUCCUGGUGAAAAUCAAUGGAUGAAAAAUAGAUGGCAUUCAAAUGCUGUACAACCGGAUGCAACUAGCCAGAGCUUGAAGCGCAAACGGGAGGAUGUUCCAGCGACUGUGGAGAGCAUGGACUGUGACUCUCCAACGAAAGAGCAGAACUCGUGCCUCGUCAAAAUUUACGAUGGAAACGAUGCGGACUUGAAGUUGAAUGACAUCGCAGAGUUUGUUGGUAUCGUAUGGAAAGAAUCGGAACUGGUUUCUAGCUCGGCUUCUGAUUCAUCAGCGCUGGCUGAAUCCUUGAUGGAAGAUGACACCUCCUUGCAGUUACCGUCCAGCACGGUUCCUCGACUUCACUGUAUUACCAUGAGAAAACUUUCAGCUUACAGUAUUCCUAGUCAGCCGGGUGCUUUGGCGGAUAUAUGCUCCGUGAGGGAAUCUCUUCUUUGUAAAUUACAAUCUGUUCUCGGUGAGGACAGACUCGCCGCGGAAUAUUUACUCUUGCAUCUUCUGUCAAAGGUUUAUAGCCGUGUAGAGCCCUUGGCUGUUGGGAAGUUUUCUCUCAACUUUAGCGGGUGUCAAGCUGGUGCCGAUGGUUCCGCAUCACUCGUUGCCUCUGCAGUCGGGCACGCGAUAUCAGUACUUCUUCCCUGUUCACAAGUAGUGCCGCUGUCACUCCAGGACUUGAACUCCUGUCUGAUCGCUCCACGAAAAGAUUAUGCCACCAAUCGAUUGGUUACCGGUGGUUUACAACUAGCAAGCGGCACGCAUCUUACGUUAGACGAGACUGCUUUAAACACAGGAAGGCUGAACGAAACCGGUGUCAAGAAUUUGCAGAGCUUGAAGAGCGUCAUGGAGUCUCAGAAAGUCGACUACGAUUUCCAGUAUUAUCAGAUGGAAAUGCCGACAGAUUUGCCCGUGUUGGUGGUUUCUUGCGGCAAAUCGAGGAUUUUACCAGCUGAUGCGCUCGUACCUUUAAGGUGCAGCGCGGAAGCGGCACGUAUCCAUGCAGAAGCAUCGGACUUGUCGAAAUGGCGUAUUUAUUUGAGCAGUGCGCGGGAGGCCGACCACGUUAUCGAGCCUUCAAUGCAGAAGAUUCUGGAGGAAGAUCUUGUGGCCGCACGCCAGAAGGAUAGAACUGUAGGAUCUGAAACGUUUCACAGAUGGUUAACAAUGGCUCGCCUGUUAUCCUUGAGCUAUGGCGAACGAAGCUUGACGAGGGAGAGAUGGGAGAUGACGAAGGAACUCGAAAUGAGGUGUGCCGCGAGAUUAAGAGAAACUACAGCGUAACAAUUCCUAAGAAUGGACCUUUGUGGAGUUCAAAUGAUCAUCAUUAACAUCCUUCUGGAGCUCAAUUAGAUAAAAAAGAAAAAGAUAGAACCUUUUAUCUUUA